GGAGACCGCGGCACCCGAAAACCAUCGUCGCCGGAGGAAAAAGAACCUCCCACUGUUCGGCAAAGCUUCUUGGACUAUUUUGCUGGAGGAUUCUCGGUGAACGUCGGCUAAACGGAGUGCAUCCACAUCGUGAGAUUCGGCUUCCAAACGGAAAUGGCGGAGAGCGGAGGGCGUUUUCCGGCGAUGGAUUUGAUGCGGUCGGAGCCGAUGCAAUUGGCGCAGUUGAUCAUUCCAAUGGAAUCGGCUUACCGAGCUAUCUCCUACCUCGGCGACCUCGGAUUGUUCCAAUUCAAAGACCUCAAUGUUGAGAAGAGCCCAUUCCAGAGGACCUACGCGCUCCAGAUUAAGAGAUGUGGCGAAAUGGCACGUAGACUUCAUUUUUUCAAGGAACAAAUGACAACAACUUGUAUCUCACCUUCAUCAAGGUCUGCAACGAGCAGUGAUCUCAACCUGGACGAAUUGGAGCUAAAACUUGGAGAUCUUGAAGCGGAGCUGGUUGAGAUGAAUACAAACAGUGUAAAGUUGGAGCGCUCUUAUAAUGAACUUCUAGAAUAUAAACUUGUUAUGCAAAAGGCUAGUGAGUUUUUCCAUUCAGCUCAAAGCAGUGCUUCUGCUCAGUACAUAGAGUUCAAGGAGUACAACCUUGUUGAGGGAUUAAUUGACAGUCCUCUGCUAUUGGAGCAGACUAUGUCAGUUGAUCCAGUAAAGCAAGUUAAGCUGGGAUAUGUCAGUGGCCUUGUUGCAAGAGAAAAAUAUAUGGCAUUUGAAAGGAUUCUGUUUCGUGCCACGAGGGGAAAUGUGUUUGUAAAGCAAGUUGCUGUAGAUGAUGCUGUUACAGAUCCUGUUUCGGGAGAAAAGGUUGAUAAGAAUGUAUUUGCUAUCUUCUAUUCCGGAGAAAGAGCAAGGACCAAGAUUUUGAAAAUCUGCGAUGCAUUUGGAGCUAAUCCAUACCCUUUCACAGAUGACACAAGCAAACAAUAUCAGAUAAUAACAGAGGUAUCAGGCAAACUUUCAGAAUUGAAAACCACUAUAGAAGCUGGACAGGUGCAUAAAGAAAUGCUUUUAAAGACUAUCAGCUGCAAGUUUCAACAAUGGAACCUUCUGGUGAAGAAGGAGAAAUCUGUCUACCACACGUUAAAUAUGCUAAGUCUUGAUGUGACCAAAAAGUGCCUUAUAGGAGAGGGCUGGUGUCCUGUGUUUGCAACAAGUCAGGUACAAGCUGCAUUGGACCGAGCAGCUUUAGAUUGUAACUCAGAAGUUGGGACUGUGUUCCAGGUGUUGCAUACCACAGAAUCACCACCCACUUAUUUCCGUACUAACAAAUUUACUUCUGCUUUCCAAGAAAUUGUUGAGGCAUACGGGGUCGCAAAAUAUCAAGAAGCAAAUCCAGGUGUUUUCACAAUUGUGACAUUUCCCUUCCUAUUUGCCGUCAUGUUCGGAGACUGGGGACACGGGAUAUGUCUGCUUCUUGCAUCAAUGUAUUUUCUUUUCUGUGAGAAGAAACUUUCUAGCCAGAAGCUUGGCGAUAUAAUGGACAUGACUUUUGGUGCCCGAUAUGUUUUUCUGAUGAUGGCUUUGUUCUCAAUAUACACUGGAUUUAUUUAUAAUGAAUUUUUUUCUGUACCCUUUGAAAUAUUUGGGCGCUCAGCUUAUGCUUGUAAUGACCCCUCAUGCAGGGAUGCUACUAAAACUGGCUUAAUUAAGGCCCAUGAAACCUAUCCAUUUGGCGUGGAUCCUAAGUGGCAUGGCUCCCGGAGCGAAUUGCCUUUUCUUAACUCUUUGAAGAUGAAGAUGUCAAUUCUUCUAGGUGUAGGUCAGAUGAAUCUUGGAAUGAUUCUCAGCUACUUCAAUGCAAAAUUCUUUAAAAAUGACAUAGAUAUCUGGCAUCAAUUUAUUCCCCAGAUGAUUUUUUUAAACAGCCUUUUUGGCUACCUUUCACUGUUAAUAAUUGUGAAAUGGUGCACUGGUUCUCAAGCUGAUCUCUACCAUGUCAUGAUAUACAUGUUUCUGAGUCCUACUGAUGACUUGGGAGAGAAUCAACUAUUUGCCGGGCAAAAGUACCUUCAGAUUUUGCUGUUAUUACUUGCACUGGUUGCUGUUCCAUGGAUGCUGUUUCCGAAGACAUUCAUUUUGAAGAAGCAAUACCAGGAAAGACAUGGACAUGGAAGUCAAUCCUACGAUCUGCUUCACAAUACCGAUGAUGCAUUUGAAUUAGAAACAGACGAUCAUAAGCAUGGGGAUGAAGAUUUUGAAUUCAGUGAAGUUUUUAUACAUCAACUAAUUCAUACCAUUGAAUUUGUUCUUGGAGCAGUCUCUAAUACGGCUUCAUACCUACGGCUCUGGGCUCUCAGUCUAGCGCAUUCAGAGUUAUCCAGUGUGUUUUAUGAAAAAGUUUUACUUCUUUCAAUGGGGUUCGAUAAUGUGAUUCUCCUCAUAAGUGGAAUAAUAGUAUUCGUGGGUGCAACGGUGGGCGUUCUUCUGGUGAUGGAAACUCUGAGCGCCUUUUUGCACGCGUUGCGGCUUCACUGGCUUGAGUUCCAGAACAAGUUUUACCUGGGAGGUGGGCAUAAAUUCUCUCCCUUUUCUUUCCCCACAAUUGGUGAGGAUGAUGACUGACUUUGCCAUGCUUUCCUGUCUACAUGAAUGGAAUAUAUGAUAGAGAGGUUUAUAGCAACUCUACAGUUCAAGUGUAACUUUGAAAAUUGUCAUUAAUCUCCACCACAUUGUCUCUGUCUUGGGAGUAAAAUGAAGGUGGUUGUUUCAU